UAAUUCUUUAAUUCUUUGUCAGAAAAAGAAAUUUGGAGAUGGAAAGGCAAAGACCUGCAGCGGUGUACAAACGUACCAGCAAGCCUCUUGUGAGUUUGAAAGACUCUGCGUCGACACGGAAAGCCUGAGGAUCCCACAACCAAUGCGGGCAGAGUUCUGUCUCAAUUUAAGUGAGGCGUGCGCACGUGGCGGCCUGGUGUUUUCCUGGCAGGCUGCCGUCUUUCAGGUGUUGUUCCUCCAGGCAGCUUCUGCUCUCCGCCCAUCGCCUCGCUCGGGAACUGCAGCGCGUCUCUUUCCAGCCUCCCGAAGGCUCCUCCCGCCCGGCAAGUCCGCUGCUGCCACCGCUUUCACUUUUCCCAGGUGUAAAGUUUUAAGUCGACACGAAGCGGGACGAGGAGGCGGCGGCAGCUUGGUGCGGAAGAGAGCGAGUCAUUUACGGCAUGGCGGGAGAGAGGUUCGCCCGCUUCUUCCGAAAUAGCCUGGUACAGAAAUCGUCUAGGAGAGGUGACUCCCAGGAUGCAAAUCCUACAGAAAACAAAUCUGGUGCUGAUAUAAGGCUGGGAAGCAGUUUCUCUUAUUCAGCUGGACACCCAUUUUUUGAAUACCUGGUUGUAGUCUCACUUAAAAAGGACACAAAGGGAAAUUAUGAGCCCAAGAUUACCUAUCAAUUUCCAAAGCGUGAGAAUCUACUGAGAGGACAGCGUGAAGAAGAGGAAAGAUUGCUUCAGGCCAUUCCCUUGUUCUGCUUCCCAGAUGGUAAUGAAUGGGCACCCCUCAUGGAGUAUAAGAGUGAAACAUUUUCUUUUGUCCUUACCAAUAUUGAUGGGAGUAGAAAAAUUGGCUACUGCAGAAGACUGUUGCCUUCUGGACGAGAUGCUCGUCUCCCUGAAGUUUAUUGCAUUGUAAGCUGUCUUGGUUGCUUUGGACUAUUUUCAAAGAUUUUGGAUGAAGUAGAGAAGAGGAGACAGAUCUCUGCAGCAGUCGUCUACCCCUUUAUGCAGGGCCUACGUGAAUCUCCCUUCCCAGCACCAGGAAGAACUGUUACCAUUAAAAGCUUCAUUCCUGAAUCCGGAACAGAGCAAAUUGAGCUGACCCGGCCAUUGGAUUCUCACCUGGAGCAUGUGGAAUUUCAGGCCCUUUUACGGUGCCUCAGUCCUGAAAAGAUACUUCUGAUAUUUGCCUCUGUAGUUCUGGAGAGACGGAUAAUCUUCCUGGCUGAUGAGCUUAGUUCCCUCUCCACGUGCAUUCACUCAGCUGCUGCUCUUCUUUACCCCUUUACCUGGGCCCAUACAUACAUCCCAGUGGUUCCAGAGAAACUUCUCAGCACCGUCUGCUGUCCCACACCAUUUAUGGUUGGGAUCCAAAAGCGCUACCUGGCAGAGGUUCAGGAUCAACCUAUGGAAGAGGUGUUGCUUGUAGAUCUGUCCCAAGGAGAAUUCUUAAAAUGGGUUGGAGAUGAGGAGGAGAUUUUGCCACCCAAGCUGAGAAGUGAAAUGUUGCAUUCUUUGCCAACAAUGAACAACAACAUCCAGACAUCUGAGGAAUUCAAUGCACACGUCUCGGACACCUUUAUACAAUUCUUUGUGAGGAUGAUUGGUCACUAUCCAGCACAUAUCAAAUGGAGCAGAAAUGGCACAGGCAGCUUCCAAGAACAAUCAUUUUGCAAGGCUCUCACCUCCAAGACCAACCGCAGAUUUGUGAAAAAAUUUGUCAAGACUCAAAUGUUCUCAUUAUUUAUUCAAGAAGCAGAAAAAAGCAAGAAGUGCAUAGAAGGAUAUUUUCAGCAGAAAUUAAAUGAAUAUCAAGAAAAGAAAUACAGGAGACUCUCCUGAAUCUUUGCUUCAUAAGAGAAGAUUGGUCCCUAGGAGAUAGACAGGUCUUCAACUGAUCAUCUAACUGGAUUAGAUCCAUAGGUGAAAGAUACCGUUGGUAUUGUUAGCUGUCCUGGUAGUACUUGUGCUUUGUACGUAAACCAUGAAAAGUCAUGGGGAGCCUUGGGCACUGUUUUCUACAUUUCCCUUUUUCUUCUGGUUGGCAUUACAUGCUGCUCUUAAUUUGCCUGAAAUUUUGUAGUCCAACUGACAAUCAAAGCUGCAGUUCCACAGAAGGAAUGGCAGCAUAAAACUGUAUUAUCAAGCAAUCCUAUUUUGAUAAUAGGAUUCUACAUAUUUUGGAAAUUUUGUCAGAUGCAGUAAACAAUGCAUAAGACAGAGAAUAUAGUGGAAAUAGUGAGACAAUUACAUUCAUUGAAAACAUUUUUAUUCUCAUUAAAUUGGUUUCCAAGCCAAAGGUCUUAUGUUGAAUGUUUGUACUUGAUGGGAUUAUAAAAUGGAUGUUAGAUUUCUAUAUACAUUCUAUACUUUGCUAUGUUUUAAGCAGGAAUGCUUGUCUCAGUGUCACAUGAAAUUUCUUUUACUAAACAAUUUAAAGGAGGGAAGUGGAACCACAAUAUUGGAUUAAAGAAUGAGUUGAAGAGCAUAGGAAUAAAGAAACAGAAAAGCAAACAGAUCCCCAGUGACCAUGUCAACUUAGUAAAGUCCACCCAGUUUGACCCAUUCCACCACUAUAAAAUAUUAUCAAUGAAUUGGGAGAUACACAUCCUUGCACUGAACAUUGGAGAUCCAGGAAAACAAGCAAACCCUAGGAUGCUAUCUUUGAGGGAUUGUUGGUGUUCCUAGCAUCGUAAGUGGCACUGUAGUGUCACAGUUAGAACAAGUAACUGCCAGUGAAUAGUUAAUCAGACAUAUUUGUUCCUAUUUACAAUGAAAUUCUUAGGGGCCUAAUUCUUGGUGAAUUUCCAGUGCUAAUUUGGAAAAUAUUAAUUAAAGCUAUCAUUUAGUUAGAAGAAAAAAAUCAAUUUCCUACCUUUAGUGUUCAUUUCCAGGAUGGUUGACUAUCUGUCAUCCUCCAGAUUUUUAGUGACUUCAACAAUCUGAUGGUUAGCUAGAUUAGUUACAGAUGGUAAGAACCAAAAUCUAACACAGUUGCCUUAGUUUAUCUCUAAGGUGUUUAUCUGUUACAAAUACUAAUAUAGACAAUGAGUAGGAUGGUCCAGUAUAAGGAUAUAAAUCUCUGAUCUGUAAGAGAGUUUUCUCAGGAGCUGUAGAUUUUGCAUAUCUUUUCUAAAGAUAGAAAGAUUGUCUUUGCUUUCCUUGAAAUAUUUUGUCACUAUGCUGAAAUAGAGAAUGCAAAUAAGGAUUAGCCUGGAGAAGACCGGAUUGACCAAAUCUGCUAUUUUCCAAUUUGCCCAACAUGUUUUGCCCCAAGAAUAAAUAAGUAGUACCAUAUCUUUACAAAAGGUGGAAAAGAAAAAAAGAAAAAAAUAAGCAGUGGGAGGGGACAAUAGGUGUCCCUUUUGCAUUUGAGAAUGUAAAGUUUGGUCUUGGUAGACAUGUUUUGCCACAUGGUUUUGUUGUAUACCAGUUAUUGCUAUCGAGUUCAACAAAUGUGGUAUAUAUAAAGUUGAAUGUCAUGUCAAAGUUAACAAAGUGUACUUUUUAGGACACAGUUUUUAAUAAGUUAAUUUAAUGAGAGUGUGCGAGUCAAGUCCUCUGACAGGACAAGUUAUCAAGCUUAUAUUGUUUACAAGAAAAUUAAUGUCUCUUAGAAAGUUUUCAGGUUCUUCAGCUAUUGAACCAUCUUAGAACUGCCAUGAAGUACAAUACUCUAUUCACAAUUAUGUAGAAAUAGAGCUUAGCAGUUGCUAGUAUUCAUAUUCUGAAUUAUGUAAAGAAUGUCCGAAUUCUUUUAUAGACAGGAGAAAAACUGUGCCAUCUGUAACAAGACAAUUUAAUGUACAACUCAGAGGGGGGUGCUCCCUCCACCCAAAGAUUUUUUUAUGAUAAAAAAAUACAUGCUGUGGAAAAAAGAAAGAAAACAUAAUUAUCUAAUUAUAUCUCUUUCUACCUACAAGCAUGCCUUUAAACUGACUGCGCAGAACAGUAUAAUCAAUCUUUCCACUACAUUGAUAGAUGACUAAUUAUUAAAUAGGAAGGCAUAUUAUAUUGGCAAUCCUGGACUUUAAAUCCUGGGGUUCCACCAUCUUUCCAAUACAGUAUUGAAGAGUAACCUUUUGGCUGGCUAUCCUUCCCAUGCUUAUUACAUCCAUAAAUCCACAGUGAUAAAUUCAAAGUUCUUGUAUAUAAUUCAGAGUUGCAUUCACAUCUUUAAACACUGUGAUUUUUGUAAUAUUUAUUAAUUCACUUAAGAAUAUUGAACAAAAACAGGGCAAUAGUGGACAAGCCUCUUAUCAUAUAAAUAAAUCUUUCCUCAGGCCAACUGCUUUAACCCCUUCUCUUAGUUGUCCACUAAACAUAUUUGCUGAAUUAGUCUGAUCCUAAGAUGAGAAAUACAUUUAAUAUUUUUUGAUCCCUAGCCAUUGUUUUGUUAAUAUGGGAUACUCCAGUUCUUCGUUAGAGGGGUUCUUUAAAAAAAUAUCCGCUAUCCAGCUUUAUUAUACAAUACUCUUUUAACUGUUAAUUCAAAGAAUAUUAUCGACUUAGAAUUAUUUAAAACAUACCCCAGUACUGACAAUAACUUAAGAAUUUAGGUGUCGCUAAUGUCAAACUGUCAAGAUUGCAAGAAAGUUUAAUUGAAUACACAAUAAAAUCUCAAUUCAAAGGACUAUUUGGAAAAUGGGAAUGUCUAUUAUUUAUAAAUGCCUGUUAAAUCAAAACUGUAAUUUGCUCCAAUUUAUGUCAUUUUAUUUCAUUUGAAUAAUGACCUAAUUGCAGCAUUGACACAAUUACAUCAUUACACAAAAGAUGCAUCUGAUGUAAACAAUACGAACAUAUAUAAACCAUCCAGACUACUUAAUCAGCUGGAGUAAAUGGUGAUAUUUAAAAGUUUUACUGUACUGCUGUUUUGCAAGUUUAGACAAUUCAAAUUUCUUUUGGAACAACUUAAUGUUUUCAAAACUUAAUUGGGGUUUUUAACUGCUCCUUGAAUUCUUUUAAAUAUCUGGAAAUAGUUAUUCCAAGGGAAUAUUCAUUUAUGGGUGCGAUAUAUUCAUGUUUUAGUUUGUUAAAAAUGAACCUAAAUCGAUUGUUAAGAAUCCUACUCUAUUUAUAUUUCCUUAUUUCAUGCCUUUACAUUUUGUUGACUAUUUCUUACUUCUUUUCUGCAUGCUACAUAGUGCUCCUUAUCCUAAAAUGGAUAUAAAUAUACAUAUAUUAUAUUAUUAGGAUAUAAUAGCACUUUAUGUUCAUUUCUAGCUGUUUUCUUGAAAUAUUCUCAGUUUGUUUAAUAAAAUAAAACAAUGAUCCAGUAUCAAAUUUAAAAACAGAAGGGGGUAAAAUGCAUCCAUGAGAAGCCCACAUGACUGAGUAUAAAAGAUUAAGUAUAGCUGGCUAAUAUAAAAUAAGAUUGUUUCAAAUAUAUCGUUUAAACAAGUCUAUUCAUAUGAACAAAUUGCAAAAAAUAAAAGCAUGAAUUGAUACUGAAGGAUGCCUGGGUGAUGAGAAGUUCUGAAUGCGAGACAGACCGCUUUUUGGUAGUGUCAAGAAAGGAUUUUGAGGAAAAACACAUGUGGAAGAAGAAAAGAGUGAAAGUAGAACUGCAGACAAAGGAAGUAAGAAUUCAGCAAGAAAAAAGAAUUAUAA